AUGCUGAAGAGGAAGGGGAAGGCCCGACCUUACACUAAAACCCUGGAUGGAGGAUGGGGAUGGAUGAUUGUGUUUCAUUUUUUUCUGGUAAAUGUGUUUGUGAUGGGGAUGACCAAGACUUUUGCCAUUUUUUUUGUGGUCUUUCAAGAAGAGUUUGAAGGCACCUCAGAGCAAACUGGUUGGAUUGGAUCCAUCAUGUCAUCACUUCGCUUCUCUGCAGGUCCCCUGGUUGCCAUUAUUUGUGACAUAUUUGGUGAGAAAACUACUUCCAUUCUUGGGACUUUUCUUGUUACCGGUGGAUAUCUGAUCAGCAGUUGGGCUACAAGCAUUCCCUUUCUUUGUGUGACUAUGGGACUUUUGCCUGGUUUGGGUUCUGCUUUCUUGUACCAAGCAGCUGCUGUGGUAACUACCAAAUAUUUCAAAAAACGACUGGCUCUUUCUACAGCUAUUGCCCGUUCUGGGAUGGGACUGACAUUUCUCUUGGCACCCUUUACAAAAUUCUUGAUAGAUCUGUACGACUGGACAGGUAUCACUGAGACAGUCAGUCAGAUUAUUUCUGGAUGGGUUGCCGAUCAAAACUGGAUCAAGAAGUACCAUUACCACAAGUCUUACCUCAUCCUCUGUGGCAUCACUAACCUGCUUGCUCCUUUAGCCACCACAUUUCCACUACUUAUGACUUACACCAUCUUCUUCGCCAUUUUUGCUGGUGGCUACCUGGCACUGAUACUUCCUGUACUGGUUGAUCUGUCUAUGAAUUCUACAGUACACAGGUUUUUGGGACUUGCUGGUUUCUUUGCUGGGAUGGCUAUCCUUGCUGGACCACCUAUAGCAGGCUGGUUAUAUGAUUAUACCCAGACAUACACCGGCUCUUUCUACUUCUGGCAUAUGCUAUCUCUUGUCUUCAGUUUCCUUUUUUUUUGUACCAUUGGCUGA